AUGGUAUCCCCACAAGUACCUCGGCCUUUCAAGCCUCGUAAACCACAUACAAAGUCAAGGAAUGGUUGCCAGUACUGUCGACGUCGGAGAAUCAAGUGUGACGAAGCUCAACCUGAAUGCAAUCGAUGUGUGAGCCGCAACCAGCCAUGUGAAUAUUCCAAGUCGGAGGACCAUUCCAGAGGAUCCAAUGAUUCUUCUCCAUCAGUCCCUUCACAAAGCGCUACCGCUACUGUGAAGUCGGCGGCAAGUGAGUCAACAGAUGCACAAGGAGAUUCUCAUUCGCCACUAUUCGAUAGUUUCCUAGAGCUCGGCCUGCAAGACAGUGGCUUUGGAACGCCAAUAAAUCUGUCCCUGGACUUUACGACAGCCGAUGAAGACGUACAAUAUUCCUGUUCAGGAAUUUCGGAUUACGGGAAGGCCGUGACCACGGAUAACACAUCACUGACCAGAGAUCUAUAUCUCCUGGACGAGUAUAUCAUGCAUGGAUGCCAGGACUCAUUGUUAUUUCCGCAUAUUGUGUAUGCUAUAACAGCCGGCAUCCCCAAUCUUGCUGCCUAUCACAAGGGCUUAUUGUCGUCGUUACUGGCGCUGGGCGCAGCUUGCCGGUGUCUCAACUUGCUGACUGAUUCCUUCACACCACCAGCGUCUCCAGCAAGCGGGGAGAUGGAGUCCGUGGUCGAGCUAAUGCAGACGGCUGACCGCUAUCAUCAGGCGGCACUCGAAGCACUCCGCUACGACAUAAUGGACAUCACUCAUGGAAAUCCCCAGGUUAUUCACCUGGAAGCGAUUAUGAUAUUCCCUUAUCCCCUGGCAAGAAGAAGAAUUAUUCGCCUGCUGACUAGGCCGCGACAUCAAUCCACUCCGGAUUCAUCAAUGAUUGGGCUUGAUAUUCCAGAAGACUCACCUCUCAAAUUAGAAUGGAUGGUUUUCCUACGUGGCAUCACAACCGUCGGAAGAGCAUCGAUGCAGAACUAUACCAGCAUGGCAGAUGACACAAAGAGUGAAAUGUACCUGAUCCAGAACAGCAAUGUAGACAAGUCCGUAUCUGUCGAGGUUUUGAGCACUGUGGCCCGUCACGCGCAACAGAAUCUCCUAUCCAGUCCACGAGCUGUAGCAGUCAUCAUUGGAGCCAAACACCCACUUUAUCCGGUCAUAUCUGCCACGAGAGCUUCGGCACAGCAAAAGCUUGACGCCCGGAUCGACAUUUUGCAAAAACACACAAGCAGACUCCAGCGGACUCUAUGCCAGUCACACGAAGACACCAGGAGAAUGUUCGACUACUCAGCGUCAUUGGUCGCCUGUAAGUUAGCAUGCGAUGUGCUCUCAGGCAUGUCGGAUGCCAUCUUCGACGAAAAGGCACACCUCCGGCGGUCCACAGAGCUGACCGCGCGGGAGUUGAAUACCUCCUGGCUGAAGCUCUUCGCCGGUCCACCAGAAUACCAUCCAGACUGGCCAAUGCGAAGGUCCGUCAUCCUCUGGGUUAGUUGCGUUCCCAAAGAAUACACCGAUCUCCUCGUGAGCCCCCUCCCAAAUCCAGAUCUAUUUCAGCACGAUUGCCUGGGGCUGUCGCAGGAGCGAGAUCUCAGCCUCGCCAUCAAGUUACUGGCAUGGGACAUUUACGCUCACUGGCUAGCGUACGCCAUCUUGAUCGAGCACGAGUGCUGGUACAUCGCAGACCUGGGAACUUUUGACAUUGGAAAGACCAAGGCAAUGCUCGACCGGUACUCUUGUUCGUGCGGCAGCGAGAUUAUCGGUCCCGCCAGAUCCGAGCAGGAUUACUGGCCUACGUCCAUGUGUUCAAUAGCACAGCAGCUGCAGAAAUAUCGCAACCACACACCCACUCCAUGA